GCAGUGAUUAUGUGUCUAUGUUUGUUUGGUUUGGCAUUCUGCAUCAUUAUUAAAAUGCAACUAAAUGCUACUACGUUCAAUGGUAUAUCGAUGGUUCUCGUUAUAUUUUUCAUUAUGGCGUAUUCUUUAGGAUUUGGACCUGUUCCUUGGGUUAUAUUGGGAGAAAUAUUUUCGACCAAAGUAAAGUCGUACGGAAUAAGCUUUUCAGCAGCUAUAAACUGGCUACUAGUCUUAGCAAGUGCUUACUUUCCAUACGAAAUGAACAAGUUUUUUGACAUCGAAUACGUAUUCUUGUUUCACUUUGUGUUAUGCCUUUCUGGUGCAUUAUUUGUGUGGCGGUUUGUACCAGAAACAAAAAAAAUCAGCUUAAUAGAUGUCCAGAGGCAAUUAGACAUCGAUUAUGAUCAUAUAUAUUACAUACCAGUAUAAUAAUAUACGUAUGUCAACUCUAUGUGGCGAUAUGUCAAGAGAACAAUGACGAAAGUCAUAUUAAACCUCCAAACAACAGAAAAAUGGAGUAAUAUUCCCGGUUUAAAACUAUCAAAUUUAUACAGUAUCUAUUUUAAUAUUGUAUACCUUGCAUUUCCUAUAUCCCUACUUGUUACUACUGUUACCAUUGAUUAUAUAAA